AUGGAAUCCAUUUUUAACCUCUUAAUCCGGAGGGACGAGGACGCCGGACAGGAGCUUCUGAAGUUGCUCCAGGACCCAUUCGCGGGACAGCUUCAAUCAACUUCCAUCUGGGUUGCGCUUGGUACUUCAUUAGGGAUCACCGCUGCCAUUGCGAUAUUAUUCUCGCUCCUCCGACCUUACAACGAGACCGUGUACGCCCCGCGUCUCAAACAUGCUGACGAAAAACACGCACCUCCUCCCAUCGGCAAGAAGGUGUGGUCAUGGGUAACGCCGCUCUGGAAGACAAGCGAGGCGGAUAUGGUGGGCUAUGUUGGUCUGGACGCAACAGUAUUCCUUCGCUUCACGCGGAUGUGCAGGAACAUAUUCAUAAUCCUGUCCGUUCUUGGCUGCGCCGUUCUCAUCCCCAUUCAUGUUUCGUUUACCGAUACAAAGGCUAUACAUCCGUCGUGGUUAUCCUUGAUCACGCCUGCCAACGUGAGAGCUGGUCCCUCGCAAUGGGCCCAGGUUGUCUUUGCCUACGUCUCCAAUUUGACGGUUUGCGGCUUUCUUUGGUGGAACUACAGCAAGGUUCUUGGGCUGAGGCGCAAGUAUUUCGAUAGCGAGGAGUACCAAAACAGCCUCCAUGCUAGGACUCUCAUGCUCACCGACCUUCCCAAGGAGCGGUGCUCGGAUGAAGGUAUCGCUCGUAUUAUUGACGAAGUGGUACCCAACUCGUCAUUCGCUCGCACGGCAGUCUCUCGAAACGUCAAGGAUCUCCCCCAGCUUAUCGCCGAACACGAGCGGACGGUUCGCAAGCUGGAGAAGGUCCUCGCAAAAUACAUGAAGAAUCCUCAACAGCUUCCGGCUGCGCGACCUCUGUGCUACCCCUCCAAGAAGGAUCCCUCCUAUAGCACUUACCCCUCUGGACAGAAGGUCGACGCCAUCGAAUACUUGACGAAACGCAUCCGGGACCUCGAGUUGCAUAUCAGCGAUGUCAGGGCGAGUGUGGAUAGGCGGAGUACCAUGUCGUACGGAUUUGCUAGCUAUUCGGACAUUGCUGAAGCUCACAGCAUCGCCUACGCCUUCCGCAAGAAGAAGCCCCAUGGCGUGACAGUUCGCUUGGCUCCGCGACCCAACGAUAUUAUCUGGGAUAACAUCACGCUGACUCCUCAGGCCCGAAGCUGGAAGCGCACGAUGAACAACCUCUGGGUUCUGCUGCUCACCUUCCUCUGGAUCGCCCCCAACGCCAUGAUUGCCAUCUUCUUGGUCAACUUGGGCAACCUGGGUCGUGUUUGGCCUGCUUUCCGGGAUAAUCUGGCACGACAUCCUACUGGAUGGGGUAUCGUCCAGGGUAUUGGGCCUCCGGCUCUGAUGUCCCUCUUCUAUUUGGUUCUGCCCAUCGUUUUCCGCCGCCUGUUCAUUGCUUCCGGCGACCAGACUAAGACGGGUCGCGAACGCCAUGUCCUCGCAAAGCUGUACUUCUUCUUCGUCUUUAACAACUUGAUUGUCUUUUCGUUCUUCAGCACCAUCUGGUCGACCGUCGCCGGUAUCAUCAACCAGACACAGCACGGGGUGGAUGCCUGGCAAGCCAUCAUCAAGUCCCAGCCCGAAAUCGCCCUGUUCUUAGCCCUCUGCUCAGUCAGCCCCUUCUGGGUUACCUGGUUGCUUCAGCGCCAUCUCGGCGUGGCCAUCGACCUGUCGCAGCUCUGGCCUCUGAUCUACGGCUUCUUCAUGCGCCACUUUUCCAGCCCGACCCCGCGUGAGUUGAUCGAGCUCACGGCGCCGCCCGCUUUCGAUUACGCUAGUUACUACAACUACUUCCUCUUCUAUGCCACCGUUGCUCUUUCCUACUCGGGCAUUCAGCCUCUCGUCUUGCCGGCGGCGGCGAUUUACUUUACCAUCGACACGGUGCUGAGGAAGUAUUUGCUGCUCUACGUCUUCAUCACCAAAACGGAAUCCGGCGGCCAGUUCUGGAGGGUCUUGUUCAACCGCUUCAUCUUCGGCACGCUGCUGGCCGAUCUCAUCUUCUUCCUCACCACCUGGGUGCGUGGAGAGUUUACCCACAUCCAGGCUUUUGCCGUGAUUCCCCUGCCGUUCCUCCUCCUCGUCUUCAAGUUCUACUGCGCGUCGGUGUUCGAUGACAAGAUGCGCUACUACGCGACGCGCAACAUUUCGCAUCAAUCUGAGGCCCACCUGGGGGGCAAGGAGUCCCGGCUCAGGAGUGAGAGGUUGGCUUCGAGGUUCGGCCACCCCGCGCUUUACAAGCCGCUCAUCACGCCCAUGGUGCACCAGAAGGCGCAGAACAUGCUGCAUGUCGUCUACAAGGGUCGCUUAUCGGACGGAAGGGAGGCCGGAUCGGGAGACCUCAUGAGCGUCUCGGGAUACUCGGACACGUACGCGCUCGACCCCAUGCAUCACGCCAAGCCGGGCAAGUCGGCUGCCGUCCCUGGAUUCGAGUUCGUCUCCGAGAAUCACCUCGAUUUCGAAUACUUUAAGAGCCGACCCGAGUUCGCCAACGAGCACGGUGCCGGUGACAUUUUUGGUACGCCUACCGAUUCUAUGGGACGCCCUGGAACGCCGGGCUCGAUGUUCAGCGAUCCUGCUGGAUCUCGCCCCGGAACUCCCGGUGCGGGGAAUAACCACUAUAACCAUAACCAUAACGGCGGGGGAUUCCGAUCAUACACACCGCCCGGGUCUUCUUCCUCUCCCUACACGUCCACGACAAACCCCCAAGCUGCCUUCCUGCAGCAACCCCUCUCCGGCGACAUCGCCCCCUCGCGAACCAGGAGCCCGCUCUACUCGCAGCCCAACGACAGCCUGACAGGCCUUGUCAAUGCGGCAUCCGGCGUGCCCAUGUCCCGGCCGGACUCGCCCGGCUCGAGGAACAAUAGUCUCGUCUCGCCGUACCCUUACCCGGCGGGCCCCACUGUCGGCGCCCUCGGUGGUGGGCCGAGGGGUUACAGCGGGCUUGCGCAGAGCGAGGAGCCGCCGUCGUCGAGUGAUCCUAUGCAGUAUGAUUACUUUAGGGGGAGUCGGAACCAUAAGCAGCCCGGAGCUGGUUGGUAA